ACCAGGGUUGUUCUCUUGAUAAGUGUGUGAAGUGUGUGACCAUUCUUCUGUCCUCCUAAGCAUUCAAAAUGUAAUGAGUACUCUUUGGCGUCAGGUAAAAUGUAGUAAAAAGUACUUUUUAUUUGGGAAUAAAGUGAAAGUUGUCAAAUAUAAAUAGUGAAGUACAGAUACCACUUAAGUAGUAUUUUUACUUAAGUACUUUACACCACUGAUUAUGUGCCAGCAGGGUUGGAGCUGUGAUUGGUUCUGAGAUGGGUGCUGGGCUAGUUGAGUGGACAUGCUGGGACAAGAUGGGUGCCGGCCGGGCUGCCUGUUGAUUGGACAUGCUGUGUCUGCCCUGUUCUUACACCAUUCUCUGUCUGUUUCAGUCGUUCCAGAUCUCCAAGCCAGAAAAAGAGCCCCACCCCAGGGGAAGAUUGAUUUGAAGACUAAACUCGUCCCCAUCCCCCUCCGACCAACUGGCUUUAGCCUUGCAGCUAUUUGUUUUGUCUUUGUUCCCUGCAUUGAUUAGAAUCUACCCCUACCUUUCUGAUGCUGUAUAAUUACACUCUACAGGAUUAGUUUCAUAUCUAACCAUGCAUCCCUUACAUGAUGUCACAUUCCUAAAAUGGCUCUUGUGUGUGUCAAAACAGUUCAAAUAGCUAAUUUCAGAAGUGGGAUUUGUGAACCACAACUUUGUAUUUGUUAUUAUUUCUUAUCUACUAUAUUCAGCGUGGCAUUGCGUUAAAGAGCUGUAAGAUACUUUAAAUGUUGCUUUCCCUUUUUUAUGACACUGGCAGAUUUUGGAAUAAAUCGACACAUUAAUUCAGUAUUAUUCUUUUGAACAUUGGGAACAUCUACAGAAUGUGUCUUACAUGGAGACGUUUUAUAGUGAAAAAGGAAAUGACAUGGUAUGUUUGCCAUGAGAAAUGGUUUGCAGUCAAUAAGUUUUCGUUUUCAAACUUACACCCCACCUAAUGCGUCGUACAUAAAAACAGCCCUUAGCUGUGGCAUAUUUGUAAUCUUGGCUCUUUUCAACCUUGCUGAUUAAAGUCCAUUCUCAAAAAGCUGUAACCACCUAGAUCAUUCGCCUGGAUUGAAAAUGUAUUUAUUGUAGAAAUAAAGAUGAUCUUCACUUUAUUUUUUACAGAUAACAGAUCAAUACAGUAGUAGUGGUUUGAGCUCUGACUAUAAGAUAAAUUGGUGAUGGCGUUAUUGACGUGCCUUUUAGGCCAAUUGGAAACCGCAGCGGACUCUUCAAGGCGGGCCCAUGUGUGUGUCUCAAUACUUUCCCGUCCAUUUCAUACGGUCGCUGCUACCAACCUUAUUAACUGGGACAACAUGGCUAUGGCAGGCCGUUAUUACGAAGGCGGCAGGGCAACGAAAAGACUAAAAACCAACGACGGAAUGACAACGGAGGGCUAUGAUGACCCACAUAAGACGCUUCCCUCUCCAGUUGUGCAUGUGCGGGGCUUGGUGGACGGCAUUACGGAGGCUGACCUUGUGGAGGCUCUGCAGGAGUUUGGAGCUAUUAGCUAUGUGGUGGUUAUGCCCAAGAAGCGUCAAGCCCUGGUUGAGUACGAGGAUCUGAAUGGGUCGUGUACUGCUGUGACGUAUGCCAAUGACAACCAGAUCUACAUUUCCGGGCACCCAGCCUUUGUCAACUACUCCACCAGCCAGAAGAUCUCCCGGCCAGGCGACCCGGAUGAUUCUAGAAGUGUCAACAAUGUGCUACUUCUCACCAUCAUGAACCCAAUCUACCCCGUUACCACGGAUGUGCUCUACACGGUCUGCAAUAACUGCGGCCCUGUCCACAGGAUUGUCAUCUUCCGGAAGAAUGGUGUUCAGGCCAUGGUGGAGUUUGAUUCGGUGCAGAGUGCACAGAGGGCGAAGGCCUCCCUCAACGGGGCAGACAUCUACUCUGGCUGCUGCACCCUGAAGAUCGAAUAUGCCAAGCCAACUCGUCUCAAUGUGUUCAAGAAUGACCAGGACACUUGGGACUACACCAACCCCAACCUGGGUGGUCAAGAUGCAGAAGCUGAUGGCAAUGGGAGCAAUGCUGGAGAAGAUGGGAGUGCCAACCCCAACAAGCGUGUGAGAGCGCCGGCUCUGCUGGGAGACCACCCUCCAGAGUACGCUGGUGGUUACCAUGGAUAUGACGAAAGCGGUUAUGGUCCCCCGCCCCCCCCACACUACAGCGAGGGCCGUCGCAUGGGUCCUCCCAUGAGGGGACGAGGGGGGGCACACAGCUACGGUGGGGGACCUGGCUACGGCCCUCCCCCUCCACCCCCCGGCGAGUACAGUGCCCACGCAGACUCCCCUGUAGUCAUGGUCUACGGUCUGGAGCCUGCCAAGAUGAAUGCAGAUAAGGUGUUCAACGUUUUCUGUCUCUACGGCAAUGUGGAGCGGGUGAAGUUUAUGAAGAGUAAGCCAGGAGCAGCCAUGGUGGAGAUGGGAGACUGUUACGCUGUGGAUCGGGCCAUCACUCACCUCAACAACAACUUCCUGUUUGGACAGAAGCUCAACGUCUGUGUGUCUAAGCAGCAGGCCAUCAUGCCCGGACAGUCUUACGAGCUGGAGGACGGCAGCACCAGCUUUAAGGACUUCCACGGCUCCCGCAACAACCGCUUCACCUCCCCAGAACAGGCUGCCAAGAACCGCAUUCAGCACCCCAGCAGCGUCCUGCACUUCUUCAACGCCCAGCCAGACUCGUCCGUAGAGAUUUUCACUCAGAUCUGUGAAGAGGUUUGUGUCAAAGCCCCUGCAAACAUCAAACUUUUCACGGGAAAGAGUGCAGGUCCAGGUGAGCGCAGCUCUUCAGGGCUGUUGGAGUGGGAGUCGAUCAACGACGCCAUGGAAGCCUUGUCCAUGAUAAACCACUACCAGAUGAAGAACGCAACUGGCCCGUACCCAUACACCCUCAAGCUGUGCUUUUCUACAGCUCAGCAUGCAACCUAAACAGCCACCACAAUCAUGGACAAUGUUCCACAUCAAACCAUCGUCCCUACAGUCUUCACCCCUAUUUUGACCAUGUCUGUUUUAGGCAGUUAAUGAGUUUGUCCGCAGUCAUAUCGGUUUGUCCUUAUUUGAUAUUGAGCUCAUAAAAUCGAGUUGUGUGAACUGGUAAAGUAGAUUGUUUUUAUUCCUGAUGGAUGAAAUAAGGAAAGGCUUUUGUAUAAGUAUUGUUUUGCAUCUUUUAUUACUCCGUGUGUUUUUUGUUUUAUCUCUUCCUGCUCAGUACCAUGCCUCUACAAGUCUGUAUUUGGAGGAAGGAGUGUUUUAUUUGGUUGGAAAACAUCAAUUUCAAGUAAUGUAUCUUUUGAGAGCCCUCAAUAAAGGAACUUUAUUCCAGAUUGCCAGUUAA